UUGAGGCGACUGCAGAAGGGCAGCUCAUCUGUCAUAUCAAAACCCAGGCGAGACAAAACAGAAAUAGCCUUAUUUACAGAAUCCCAAAAGCCGAACGAUAAGCUCAAAACAUGCAGGAUGAUUUACUGAUGGACAAAAGCAAAGCUCAGCCUCACCCACACCAAGACCCGUCAAACACAGAGCCCCCAUCCACCCCGACCCCCUCCGAGCCUCCGAUCCUGGACGAGCAGCACCACGUCGGUCACUCCGAGCGGCUCGCCAUGGAGUCUCCGGUAUUACCGGGUUUGGGUUUGCCUCAGGAUUCCUCUCUCUCGCCGUCGUUCGGCAGCACUUGGUCCACCAACACCGUGGACGAGGGCUUUUUCCAAGGGAUUCCGUCGGUAAACGGAACGAUGCUUUUUCAGAACUUUCCCCAUCACGUCAACCCGGUGUACGGUGGGAAUUUCUCCCCGCAGAUGAGAAGGUCUCCGCUGGGAGUGAACCAGAGGAACCCCUACAGCCACCAGACCCUACUUAAUAAGGUUGCCGCCUCGUCCGCGUCCUCGUCCGCCUGGAAUAACCACCAGAACGCGGUAUGGAGCUCCGCGGCGAACCCGUGGAGCGGCAGAGACCCGCGGAGAGCGCUUGGGCUGAGCGUCCCGUCUCCGCUCAACCCCAUCUCCCCGACCAAGAAGCCCUUCCCGAGCACUGUCAUCGCGCCCCCGAAAUACCAGAGACCCGGAGCCCUGCAGAAACCCUGGAUGAUCUCAGAGCCUCCAGAGCCCUUCAGAACCGACAACAGCAACAACAUGCUGCCAUUUCAGGAUCGGAAUCGACACUUCGACCCCUUCAGCUUGCAGACUUUGGAGAACUCUUUAAUGGACAUGAUUAAGAACGACCAUGACAAAGGUAAACACCUCCCUGCUGCUGGUCCACCCAUGACUAUCGCUGAUAUUUUAUGGAGGAAUCAUUUUGCAGGUCGCAUGGGUCUCAACUUUCACCAUCCAGUAGCUGAACAUAUAUUACCACUGAACACCAGGAGUUUUGGUCGCAGAAGAGGUCGAUCUUCACUGUUUCCUUUUGAGGACGCUUUCCUGGAUGAUGGUCAUGGGGAUCAUUCUCUGACUCCGGGUCUUAAUUCUCCGAGUCGCUGUCAGAAUGGAGAGAGGAUGGAGAGAUACUCCAGGAAGGUGUUUGUUGGAGGACUGCCACCUGACAUUGAUGAAGAUGAGAUCACCAACAGUUUCCGGCGCUUCGGUCACCUGGUGGUGGAUUGGCCUCAUAAAGCGGAAAGCAAAUCCUAUUUUCCUCCGAAAGGUUAUGCUUUCCUGCUGUUCCAGGAAGAGAGUUCGGUUCAGGCCCUCAUCGACGCCUGCAUUGAGGAAGAUGGAAAGCUCUACCUGUGUGUCUCCAGUCCCACCAUUAAAGACAAACCAGUUCAGAUUCGCCCGUGGAACCUCAGUGACAGUGAUUUUGUGAUGGAUGGAUCUCAGCCUCUCGACCCACGCAAGACUAUCUUUGUAGGAGGUGUUCCUCGACCUCUGCGUGCAGUGGAGCUGGCCAUGAUCAUGGACCGGCUGUAUGGAGGAGUGUGUUACGCUGGCAUUGACACCGACCCAGAGCUCAAAUACCCUAAAGGUGCGGGUCGAGUGGCUUUCUCCAAUCAGCAGAGCUACAUCGCUGCCAUCAGCGCCCGCUUCGUCCAGCUCCAGCACAAUGACAUCGACAAGCGGGUGGAGGUGAAGCCGUAUGUUCUAGACGAUCAGAUGUGUGAUGAAUGUCAGGGCUCUCGCUGCGGAGGGAAGUUUGCCCCUUUUUUCUGUGCCAACGUGACGUGUCUGCAGUAUUACUGCGAGUACUGCUGGGCGAGCAUCCACUCGCGGGCUGGCCGAGAGUUUCACAAACCGCUGGUGAAGGAGGGCGGGGAUCGACCCAGACACGUGUCCUUCCGCUGGAGCUGAUGAACACCGCAGCAUCGCCCUCUCCACCACAAACACAUCACAUCUCUGUCUGCUCUGCUUAAAAACCUUAGGAAAAGAUGAGUUGUUGAGUCUGCGUGCUCAAACAUUGCACUUUGGCACAAACAGUCGAUGUUAACGCUUAUCAGGAUGUUGUGCUGUUAAUUCGCUCAUUUUCCUCUGUUUGAUCAGUUUAGUGCUCCAUAUUGGUAACAUUAGGCAGUGUGAGACUAUAUACAUAUAUAUAUAAUAUAUACAUUUACAAAAAGAUCUAUUUUUUAUUUUAUAUUUAUCUAUAUGCGUAUAGGUAAUACAUUUUGAGUGUCAGACUUUUUAAAAGGCGCAUGCACUUAUUGUGAAAAAUAAAUAGACAUUUUCCCCUGUAGACUACAACAAAAAAAUAAGAUUUACCAAAGGUAAAGUAGGAUAAAUCAUGUAGGGUGAGCUGUUCACAAACACCUGAGUUAACUCGAUCCGCUCUCCGUGUUGAAAUGACUAGUAAAACCUCACGCAUGCAUCUCCUUCUGUUCGCUUCGGUUUUUUAGGCGCAUUUUUUAUCCGAGUUCUUUAGUAUUAUCUACAUGUAAUGCUGCAAUAGCUUUGCUGCUAAAUCCUGGUAUGAAUCUGUACCGUCAUGCGUUAUUCAGGCAAAUGAGGGUCUGCGUCUGCACCCACACUGCAUGAACAUGAGUCUGCGAUGCAUGCUGGGAAAUCAGGCCUCACUUUCCUUUCCCCAAUUUGAACGAGCGACACGGAGCACAAACUGAGCGCUGCAGAACACCAGGCCGACCAGAUGACCGUAUGUACAGAGCCCAUGAAAGGAUGUGGUGAUGAGCAAAAAAGAUUUUUAGUAAAAAUUAUAUUUCAGUACUUUCGCCUUUGCAUUCACUCACAAAAGCAUUGAAUUUCCUGCUAAAAUUUGUUCUGCUCCACCAAGCCUCCCUAAAAAUUUGUGUGUAAUAGUAAAACAUUCCCCGAAGCAUUCUGUGAGGUUUCAUUGAGAAAAUCCUCAAUAUUGCAAACAACAUUUGUGCUUUUUUUGGAAAAAUAUUUACUUCCACCCACUUAUUCGUCCUUCGUUGGGUUUCGCUGGUAAAGACUCGCAAACCGUUAACAUUUCCUCUGAAAAUAUUAGAUUUUCUGAAAACAUUAAAGUGCUUCGGUCCCUCAAGACACUUUGCUUACAAAACAUUCAUUAUCAACAAUCUUUGAGUGAACGAUUAAAUAAAUCUUUGAUCAAAUUUUGUUCACUCAAAAACAUUUGAAUGCUGUUUCUUUCCAAAUACUUACAAAUAUAUUUAAUUUCACAGAGAGUUUUUGUUUGCUCGCAAAACAUUAGCACUCACUUAGAAAAGCAUCGUUUCCCCAAAAGCUUUGUGUUUGCGAAUAAAACAUUAGCAUUUUUACACAAUUUAGUUUUUGCCUUGUUUUUGCAAGGAAUCCCACAUUCCUUUACAAAAUAUUGAGUUUCAUUGAUAAACUUAGUCCUGACUUAUGGUACAAAACAUUUGUUCGCUCUCAAAAGUAUUGCAUCUGCCCCAGAAACAUGUAGAAACACAGGGGAUGUUUCGUUCUCUUACAAGAUAUUGCAUUCCCAUGAUAAACCUACAAAACAUUUGCAUUCUCCUGCUAUAGUACACAUGGUACACAGGUAGCCUAAUUUGUAUUUUCUCAGAAAAGCAUUAGUAAAAUGCACAGUAAAUGUCUUACUGUGUUAGUAAAACAUUUGUGUUGAACUGUGAAACUAUUGCUGCUCAUAAAGAAAUGUCGCAACAGUUUUCCUCUCACUUCCUCUCACUCUCACUUCACAAACUCCUUGUGAAAUAUUAAUGUUUAUAUGUUUUUUUUGCGAGCGAAAACUGUUUCUUUUUAUAUAACAUAAACUAACAAAAAACUUUUACGCAAAGACACUCGCUUUAUCGGAACAUUUGUGAAAAGUGUUGCAUUCCCCCACAAAAAAAAAGCAUUUUUCCCUCUGUUGCGUUUCCCCAACAAACUUUGCGUCUGCCCACCUAAAAUUUGCAUUUUUCUCUUGGAAAAGCAAUUCAUACCACCUAAAAAUUGUGUUUGUUAGUAAAACAUUUGUGUUGAGCUGGAAAAGUAUUGCUAUUCAUAAAGAAAUGUCACAAUAGUUUUACUUUCACUUUAUAUUAAUAUUGAUAAUAUUACUAUUAAUGUUUAGCGCACAAAAACAGUGUUUUUUUUAUAUAACAUAAACUAACAAAUAUCUUUACACAAAGACACUCGCUGUAUCACAACAUUUGUGUUCUCUUAAAAUUGCAUUUUCCCUCGGUUGCGUUUCCCCAAACAACAUUGGGUCUCCUCACCAAAAAUUUACGUUUUGCAAAAAUUUUCGCCUACAAAUUGUUUUUGUUAGUACAACAUUUGUGUUCAGUUGGAAAAGUAUUGCGUUUUAUAAAGAAAUGUCACAAUAGUUUUCCUCUCACUUCAUAAUAUUUUUAUCACAAACUUUUUGCAAACUAUUAAUGUUUAGAUUUUAUUUGCGAGUAAAAAUAAAGUGCGUUUUCUGUAUAACAUAACAUUAACAAACAUUUUUACACAAACACACUCGCUCUAUUUUUCCCUCGGUUUGCAUUUCCCCAAAAAACGUUGUGUCUGCCCACCAAAAACUAGCAUUUUGCAAAAAACAAAAUGCCUAAAAAUUAUGUUUUCUAGUAAAACAUUUGUGUUCAGCUGAAAAAGUCAUGCGUUUUAUACACAAAUGUCACAUUCUCGUGUGAAAACAGAAAUAGUUUUCCUCCCACCUCAUAAUAUUUCCGUCACAAAGAUGUUUGUGAGUGAAAUCAAUGCACUGAAAUCUAAUCUUUCCACUAAUCUCAAUUUUCCUUGCUCAACACCAUGUUCUCCAGGGGCUCCAUACAGAUCCGCAACUUUGUGUUUAAAAGCAGUUGGAUGUAGGAUUUCUUCUAGCGAAAUGUCUUUAACAGGUGAAGUAUUUAGAUUUAUUUUUUAUUUUUUGCAGUGAUUGUUCAUAGAACUGUGCAAUUUUUAUACACUUGUGUAGUUUGGUUAGACAGUGCCUAGAACUGUGAUUCGCUUUAACUGUUAUUGAUGUCCGACAUGGAACGUCCUGUGAACACAUUUGCAUAUUUACAGUAUGCUAGAUCCUAAACCCAUGACACAGAACCAAAGAGCAGGCCGAGUCAAAACGACCAAGAACAACACUACACAAAUGCAGAUUUACGUACUGUGUCCGAGCGCUGACUCAACUGGGAGAGAAACACAAGCGAACACUGGUUCAAAGUUUUACGAUACGGCGGGCGGAAUGAACUCACCGCUACAUUUAUAUCCAGAUUAUAUCCUGCGAAGCUUGAAGUAGAAUCAUGACCUGCUAAAGUCAACGGUGGACAUUUUAAAACUCGAUUCAGAAAGAUAGAGAGGGUGGAGAGGAGAAAAGAAACGUUUAGUUCGUCAAGGAAAUGAUGAAAAACGCGAACACUACUUUUGUACCGACGGAGAGAAGUGAGGUGAAUUCUGGGUGUCGAUUUUUAGUUCCCUGCCCAGAUUUUUCUAUGUUUGUUCCUUAUGUAGUAGAUAAUAUUUGUUAUGCACUACUCUUUGUAUCUGGAUGGUUGAACAGUCAGCAUUUUUUCUUUUCGUUUCAUUUUUUAAUAGACGAAUACGUGUGCUUUCUGACUGACGUAAUCUUUUGCAAUACCUCAAUUUUGAAAUAGGAGAGAGAUCGAUAUUUUCUAAGUAAGUUUAUUCAGAUAAAGACUAUAUAUAUAUUAAUUUAAUUAUGCUAGAGAGAAAAAGAGAUGAUUUAACAGAUGCUUAAUUUUAUUUUUGUCAUGCUUGUUUGCUUUUAAUUUUAUUUUUGGAAGAAAAAAACAAAAGAAAAACAAAAACAACUGAAGGAAGGAGUUUGAGCUGUAUUCUUGUAAUAUUGUAGGAAGCUGAAGUACUACAGACAACAUCACAGUGUUCCAUCUGAUCGCAUUAUUGUUUUAAAGUAUAUAUAUAUAUAUUACAUCUGAAUAUAUAUAUUCUAUAGCAGGGGUGUCCAAACUCGAUCCUGGAGGGCCGGUGUCCUGUGUAGUUUAGCUUUAACUUCAUUCAACAUGCAUGCCUGGAAGUUUCUAGGUUUACCUAAAACAUAGGUCUCAAACAUAAUUACUGGAGGGCCGCAGCUCUGCAGUUUUGCUCCAACCCUAAUCAAACAGCUGAUCUAGUAGUCUUGAACACCUUGAUUAGUUGGAUGAGCUGUAUUUGAUCAAGGUUAGAGCAAACUGUGCAGAGCUGCCGCCCUCCAGCAAUCUAGUUUGAGACCUAUGACCUAGAAACAGCUUGAUUAGCUGGUUCAUGUUUGUAAUUGGGGUUGGAACUAAAAUACGCAGCACAUCAGCCCUGCAGGACAGUGUUUGGACACCCCUGUUCUAUAGGGUCAACAGGCCGUCAGGUGCUCGUAAAGUCAACUGAACAUACUACUUACUUACGUUUUUAUAUACUUACAAUCAGUCCUAUAUGCUGAGGAGAGUCGUGAAAUCUUCUGUGCGGUAUUUUUUAUGGUUUUCGUCAAAUGAUAUGUUCCCCUUUGUUUUAUAAAGCGCACACACACACCCCAAAUUGUAAAUCUAAUUUAGAGAAGUAUAAAUUUUUUUUUUUCGGCAAGAGAAGAGCUAAUUUCUAUAGAGGACGAAACCUGCAAAAGCAAUAAAUAAAUAAAUAUGCUAAUAAAUAAAUAAAUGAGUAAAUAAAUGCAUAAAUUCCUGCAUAAAUAAUACAAUAAUUAAAUAUGCUAAUAAAUGAGUAAAUAAAUGCAUAAAUUACUGCGUAAAUAAACAAUAAAUAAAUAAAUAAAUAUGCUAAUGAGUAAAUAAAUGCAUAAAUUCCUGCAUAAAUAAAAUAAUAAAUAUGCAAAUAAAUGAGUAAAUAAAUCCAAAAAUUACUGCAUACAUAACAUUUUUUAAAAUAAAUAUGCAAAUAAAUAAAUGUAUAUAAAAAUCCUCAAAUUUCUGCAUAAAUAAAUAUAUCAAUAAUUAAUAGUGGGGGAUAGUUAAUGUUGGGGGAAUAAGAAAAUGCUAAACUCAAAGUAGAUUUUUUCUUCCUUCAGUAUUUACUGUUCCUCAGCUCCACAUGCUAAUGAGAGGUUGUCUGUCAAUCAUCAGAAGCCAGUUAAAAAUCAAAUGCAAAUUUUUUGCAAAGACUGCCUCUGAUGAUUGAUAGACAGCCUCUCAUUAGCAUGUGGAGCUGAGGAAAAGUAAAUAUGUAACUGCGUUCAAGAAUAAAUAAGUGUUUGAAAGGGUUGUUGCUAGAUCAGAUAUGGUUGUGGCCGGAAGUUAACGAAAAUUAUUUAUUAAAUUUCCCAUUAAUUGAGUAUUAUAUAUUAUGUAUUAAAUUACUCAAUCAAUUUUAUUUUUGAACGUCUACUCUUGCUUUAACCUUAAGCCCAACUAUCACAGUAACGUAAAAACAGUAGUUGUACCUAGUAUUAUUUAUGAUAUCUAUUAAAUUACCCAAUAAAUUGUAUUUUUAAACGUUUACCCCUACCCAAACCCUAAACCCAACUGUCACAGUAACGUAAAAACAGUAGUUCUACCUGGUAUUAUUUAUGAUAUCUAUUAAAUUCCCCAAUAAAUUGUAUUUAUUAACGUCUACCCCCACCCCUAACUCUAGACCCAACUAUCCCAGUAAAGUAAAACAGUAGUUGUACAGAGUAUUAUUUAUAUGAUCUAUUAAAUAACCCAAUAAAUUGUAUUUAACGUCUACCCCUAUCCUUACCCUAAUCCCAACCGUCCCAGUAUUGUAAAAAUAUGAAUUAUUGAUAUACAGUGUCUUAAAAAAUGCUGCUAUAUUGAUGUGCAUAUCCCACUUCCGGCCGGCCGUGUCUCCUAAUUAGACUUUACCAUUUGUAUAGCAUUUAUUUAAUUAUUUACUACCCUGCACUAUUAAAUGACUAAAUUAUUUAUAUAUUUAUGCAGGAAUGUAUUUAUUAUUUUAUUUAUGCAGAAAUGUAUGGAUUUAUUCACUCAUUUAUUUAUAUAUUUGCUGAUUUAUUUGUUUGUUUUUGCUAGGUUUCAUCCUCUAUACAUUUCGGGAAGCUAGAAAUAAAGAGAUGAAGCGUUUAUUGUGGAGGCCUUUACUCACCCGAGACUUGAAUCAGUCCCUUUUUUUUUAUUAUUAAGAGUUUUGAUUGUUUGUCGUAAUGUGCAAUACUGUUUGUACUGUUUGUAAAAAAGAAAAACGAAAAAAAUAUAGGCAUAAAUCUUUCUUGCAGAUUUAUUUUCAUCUCGAGCAUCACUCAAAUCAUUUUCUACUGUGUAUUUACUCGACGUGCUAGUGUACCUUCCAGUAGUAAUGUAGCCUUUGUACUGAGAAAAUUUUCAUUAUUUUUUAGAGAUUUUUUGCAACUAAUUAAAUAAAAAAAGACGAUUAAAACAGAUUUUCCUUUUUUAUUAUUUUCAUUUGUGUUUUCUUAUUCCUCAAGCAUUAAUGUUAGCUAGCUGUUUCUUGGGGGAGACUUGCAUAUCUGGUCAAUGUCAUUAAUGUUGUUAUUAUUUUGUAUUUUUACUUGGAGUAAAUUAAUUUUUUGGCGCUUUCCUUUUUUUUGAAGCUGAAAACUUUGUAAUGUUGUUACUAAAAUGUUUAGAUUUUUGGAAAAUGCAAAGCUUAACUGCUUAUAUUGGUGAGAUUGAGAAAUAAAAGUUGCACACACACACAUGAUUGGUAAUAUGAUGCGAUUAAAUCAAUGAAUGGACAAUAAAACUAAUGGCAGAAUAGAGCAAACUGUGAGGUUGUGGUGAAACCCAGGCAAGAUUACUUAAUAAGCUCAGAUACUCAAUUCAAUUCAUGUCUAUAGCGCUUUUACAAGGUCGAUUGUGUCAAAGCAGCUUCACAUAGAAGUUCUGGUAAAUAGUAACCGUGUCAGUCCAGUUUUUAGAGCUGAAAUUCAGUUCAGUGUGGUUUAAUAUUCACUACUGAAAGUCCAAACACUGAAGAGCAAAUCCAUCAAUGCACAGCUCCACAGUCCCAAACCAAGCAAGUCAGUGGCAACAAUGAACAAAUUUCACCAAUUGACGAAAGUGAAAGAAAAGAAAAAAGAAAAAAAAACCCAGAGAAACCAGGCUCAGUUGGGGAUGACAAGUUCUCCUACAACGACAAAAUAUCCUACAACUGAUUGCAUUUUAUUUCUGCAACCUCAAACAUAUUAUAGUCUUCAAUAAGCUGAAUUUCACAUCUCUAUUAUAAUCAUGUUGGCUUGUGGUUUUCCCUCACUUUUAGCUCCAUUUGUUAUUAGGUUUGAUUUUGAUUUUCCCCCAGUUUCAGUUUUGUAUUUGACGUCUGGUUCCACCUUCGCAAGGCUUUGAGAUUGUUAACUUGGACCUCUGCUUGUCUAACUUUGCAGUAAAACUGUGAUGAAAUGAUUUCUUUAGUUGUUGUUUUGGAUAAAAUAAGCAGUGCUGCUAAUGCAUAUGGGCUUUUCUCACCUUCAUGAUUUUUAUUUGAGUUUCUCUUUUCUGUACUAAACAGUAAAUCUUAUUAAAUGUAAUUGUAUGACACUGUGAAA